AUGCUCCUGGCCCUGCUCCGCCCCCCGCCUGAAUUCUUAACCAUCCCCAACCUCUUUUAUCUCUCCUCUCUCUCUCUCUCUCCCCUCCACUUCUCUCUCUCUCUCUCUCUCUCUCUCUCCUCUCUCUCCAGCUGUGCCGUGUUCUCUCAGCGUCGAGCCAAGUCAAAGAGGGAAAAAACGGACAAACGAACCAAACGAAUGGUUCAAACAAGUUUCAACCAUCAGAACCAUCAGGCAAAGGAGCUUUUCAGCCGUGUGCCCCUUCCUCCGGUUCGCUGCGCUCUCUCUCUCUCUCUCUCGUCUCUCUCUCUCGUCUCUCCACCGCAACCGUCGCAGCAGGAGCAGCAUCAACCACCACGCAGCAACCAUCAACAGCAACAACAACCACUUGAACGUUGUCGACCAGGUCGCCACACACAGACGGCCAUGAUGACUGAGCUGACGCAAUUGAGCUGGCUGCUCAAUGCCAACCCGCGCUGCGCUGCCCUGGAUGAUGAUCACUCCGCCAUGCACCAGCUGCCCUUCUCCAUGCUGCUCACGCCCAAGACCCCCCAGCGCCGCUCUGCCAAGGCAACCGCCGCCAACCGCAAGCUCAAGCGCGCCGAGCGUCAACAGCGCCGCCGCACCAUUGACAUGGACCCCACCUCGGCCAAAAAGAUGACCAACACAUCCACCAUCAACAACACCAACAACAGCUCGGCCAAGCGCCGUGCCCCCGCCAAGCUCGCCACCACCACCAACGACCAAGACCUCGAGUGGCUCUCCGCUCAUGCCCAGCUUCAAGCCCGCCUUGAUCGCCUUGUGGCCGCCGCCCUGGCCGUUGACCCCGAGGCCGCCAACGCUGCCCUCCUCCCCGCCAUGAUUGCCCUCGCUCUCAUGCACCACCGUGCCGUCUACGACCAAUCAGCCACCAACGCCACCCUCACCUCGGCCAACCCCGGACAGACCUCCACUCAAGUCGAGCGCUGGAUCCUUCGCUCCUUUCCCGCCCUCGCCCUCGCCGCGGCUGCUGAUCUGAAGAAGGGCGUCCGCAUUCACCUCGGCUCCCACUCUGCCUUUGUCCGCAAGCAACGCGGUACCGCUCGCACAACGUGGCGCGUUGAUGCCCAGUACAUGCCCACCCUCUGCAGCGAGCUCGAGCACUUUAUCAGUCGCGCCUCGGCCGUCAACACCUCCAGCUUGCAAGAUCACACCGCCGCGCCCAGCGCCAAGCGCCUCAAGCGCGCUUCCAUCCACCACGAGUCACGCAUCCUCAGCAGCGGCAGCUCAGACAUGUCCGCCAGCGACGCCGAGUCACUGCAAGCCGACAGCGGCUUUGAAGAGUUUGCCGAGCUCCUCCAUGCCUACGCUCAAGAGGAUGAUGACCUCGACAACAUGAUGAAGGAGCUCACUGCCGCUCUCCCCGAGCCCUCCCCCCGCGAACCCCAGGACCUCUCCUCCAUCUUUGGCGACUCGAUCAACCCCACCCUCUGGGUCCCCACUCUCGAAACCGGCGCCGAUGAUCUCACAGCCACCCUUUUCCGUGACCUCGAAGCCCUCACCGGCCUCGUCCCCGAUCAAGAGUCACUUGACCCCCUCAGCGCGGCUGCCUCCCUCAUUGACAUCCUCUGCUAGGCCCUCCACCCGUGCAUUUUAUUCUCGGUCCCCUCUCGGAAGCGGUGGCAUCAACCCUUCCCUGAUGACCCCUUUUUUUCCUCUUUUAUAGCCUUUAAUUGCCUUUUUUUUUCUUUUGUCUGCCUACGCUAUGGCAUGUCCUCCUUGUCGUGCCUUUUUUCUUCUUUUGAUCGUGGUACCUGUCUCGAGUGUCAUGGACUCGGCUGCGCGGCCUGUGGUCGCCUCCUUCAAGAGUGUUCAGCCUUGAGCCGCUCCCCGGGACACCCCUAUCUUCCAGUGUGAUUGCUUGGUUUAUUUAGAGCAUGCGUGUCAUCCAUGACAUGCACCAUUGAACAUAGUCUUAUGCAACCCCGCGCUCCCUUGUUGAACCUGGUCUUUCUCCUUUUUGACCAUGAAGACGCGUGGUCCUAACCGCCACCUGCCUUCCUUUCUUUCCAUAAUUUAAUGCAAAGCUUUU